CUUUGGUAGGAUGCGGCAAGGGAUUGAACCCACAACCUCAUGCACUUGAGGCGAACGCUCGACUACCACUGAGCUGUCGAGGCAGUUUUAAACUGUGGUUGCUUUGUUAUAACAAUUGUUAUCAAUAUGACACAUACUAGACAUGUAUAUUACCUCAAAAUUACCUUAAUAUUGUUUCAGAUCGAAGCUAUCCCCUACAAAUCAAUGCUCCAGAAUGGAUCCUGGAUGUGUAGAAACUUUUAGAAAUAGACUGAAUAGGGUUAUCGGUUUGCUGGAAUCCUGUACAUAUCAAUCUUUGCAUGAUCUAAGACAUGAACUUGAAUGCAUAGCCUCUGCAGCUGCACGUUUACAAUCAAAUAGUACUGCAGCCAGUGUUGAAUAUGAUUUAUUGACAAGAUUUGUGGGUUUUGUUGUACAAUCAUGAGAUUGUAAAAGGCACAGACAAUUUUAAGCUCAAGUCUGUAAAACAACAUGAUGAUAGCAUCGUGCAUAAAAGGUACAUUGAGAUAGGAGAGGUGAAAUCACAACCAUCCUGUAAGAGUAAGGCUGCUGAAGCUUUAAGAACAUUGCAUGAAAGUCAGCACAACAGUCUGGCUAUCAAAUUUUGCACUGCCCAUGCACUGGCCAAAACCCACAUGAGUUUUAGAACAUACAGUACCAUAUGUGUGUUAGAAGAGGCUAAGGGGUUGGAUGUUGGUGUGAACUAUCGUAAUGACAAAGCUGUUGCUUCUUUUACAAAAGCUUUUGCAACUGUUGUGCAAAGAACAACUGUAGAAAAAUUGAAGAAUACACAGUUCUGUAGUUUCACAAUUGAUGGUUCAACUGAUUUCACGGGAGAUGAUCUUGAAAACAUCUACAUUCGAACUGUUCACUCCGGACGUGUUGAGGACACGUUCUUGCACAUAGGUUGUGCUGAAUCUGGCUCCAGCAAAAACAUACAUGAGCAUGUCAAGGAAGUGUUUGCAAAACUUCACAUUACAGAUGAAAUGCAGUCAAAACUCGUCGGUUUCACUGCAGAUGGAGCAGCAAAUAUGCAGGGUCACAAGACUGGACUUGCAACACUGUUGAAAGCAGAAUGGCCACACCUAGUAGCUACACACUGUCUAGCGCACAGACUCGAACUGGCAUUCAAAGAUGCCGUAAAACUGACAAACAUAAACAUGUAUGAAAACAGUAUGACUCUACUUAUUGGACUGUAUUAUUUGUACCACAAGUCCCCUAAACAGAAGAAAGCGCUUCAGCGAGCAUUCGUCAUGAUGGACUUCAAGGCAUCUAUAAUGCCUACACGCAUCGGUUGGACCAGAUGGUUGCCACACUUGGACCGUUCACUGUCAGCCUUCGUUAAAGGCUACAGAGUGCUAGUGUACCAGCUACAGACGUCAUCCCAUGACAAUGCCAAGGCAGAGGGGUUUGCCAAGCUGGCUACAGAUGGCUUUUUGAUCCUUUACUUGCUACAGCUCAAGGCUGUGGUUUCAAUGUUGAUGAGACUGUCAAAGUAUCUACAGAAGCAGGAGGUUUCCUUGGCUGAUGCUUACUCUAGGGUAGCUGUAACCAUGAAAGGCCUUGUGACCUUGAAGUCGGGAAAGAUGAGCACUGAUACAUUAAAUGAUUUGGUCGCCAUCAACCUUGAGGCCCCCAGCUUGGCCCAAUUCAACCCAGAUGAUGCCAUAAUGGAGUGGAUGACAAGCAGCACUGGUAGACGUUUGGGGUAUUCUCGAAAGAGGAAGGUACCAGAGGAUGAGUCACAGGUCACAGACAUGACAGCACCAGGUCCAUCAACCAGUGAUGAAGGAGAAGCUACUUCUGAUAUGGUUUCUGACAAAGAGGAUCUCCAGGAUUGCAGUGAUGAUGAGAUGAACGAAGAAGUCGUUUAUCACAUGUUAAAGAGUUUUGAUUAAUAUACCAUUAAAG